GCAUGCGCAAUGCCGCCCUCCCCCCCCCACUUCCCUCCCCACCUCCCCGCGCACGCGGAAGCCAGCAGCAGGCUCGGGCGCAGUCUGCGGCCCACUCCUCCUCCCCCGGCGCGCGGCCCGGCAGGCUCGGGCGCAGUCUGCGGCCCACUCCUCCUCCCCCGGCGCGCGGCCCAGCAGGCUCGGGCGCAGUCUGCGGCCCACUCCUCCUCCCCCGGCGCGCGGGGCCUCGUCCCUCCCCGCCCCGCCCCCCGAUGGCGGCGCGGCGGCCGGGGCUGCGGUUGGCGCUGGGCGCGGCGCUGGCGGCGAGGCUGGCGCUGGUGCUGUACGGGACGCGGCAGGACGCGGCGCUGCGAGUGCGCUACACCGACGUCGACUACCGGGUGUUCACGGACGCGGCGCGCCUGGUGGCGGUGGGGCGCUCGCCCUACGCGCGGGCCACGUACCGCUACACGCCGCUGCUGGCCUGGCUGCUCACGCCCAACGUCUGCCUGGCUGAGGCCUUCGGGAAGCUGCUCUUCGUGGCCGGGGACCUGGCGGCUGCCGGCGUGGCCUACCGGGCCCUGCUGCAGCGUGGGGCAGCUGCCGGCCAGGCCUGCGCCUGCUGUGCAGCGGCCUGGCUCUUCAACCCCCUGCCCAUGGCCGUGUCCAGCCGUGGCAACGCCGAAGCCCUGGUGGUGCUGCUGGUGCUGGCCACCCUCUACUACGUGGAGGGCGGCAGCGUGGGCAAGGCCGCUGCCUGCUAUGGGCUCGCCGUGCACGUGAAGAUAUACCCACUGACUUACAUGCUGCCCAUUGUGCUGCACCUGCAGAGGAAGCAACGCGGCGGCAGAGGGGCCGCGGACGCGGGGCACUGCGGGAAAGCAAGGUUUCCCUUGCUACGGUUCCUCUGGCAGCUCUUUGUAAACCGCGAUGUGCUGCUUUUUGCAACAGUUGCUGGAUCUGUGCUGGGCGCCCUGACCAUCGCAUUUUACUACCUCUAUGGCUGGGAGUUUUUGGAGCAUGCCUACCUCUACCACCUGACCAGGAGGGAUAUCCGUCAUAACUUCUCUCCCUAUUUCUACAUGUUGUAUUUAACUGCAGAGAGCAAAUGGAGUUUUGCCCUUGGGCUUGCAGCCUUCUUGCCCCAGCUGCUUCUGCUCCUGGUUGUGUCCAUAGCAUUUUACAGAGACCUUGCCUUCUGUUGUUUCCUCCACAGUGCUAUUUUUGUGAGUUUUAACAAAGUAUGCACAUCCCAGUAUUUUGUCUGGUAUCUCUGCCUUUUGCCCCUCAUAAUACCUAGUAUUAGGAUGUCCUGGAGCCGUGGUGUACUGCUUCUCUCUUUGUGGUUUGUUGGACAAGGCCUGUGGCUCACUCCCGCAUACUUUCUGGAGUUUAAAGGAUAUAACACUUUUUUACUUAUAUGGUUGGCAGGCUUGCUUUUCCUUUUUAUUAAUAGCUUCAUACUCGUUCAGAUUAUUUCCCAUUACCAAAAAGAAGCACAAGUGGCUGAAAAACCCAAACAACAGUAAUAAACAGAUAAUCCAAAAUCCAGAAACAGCACCACUGUUUAAGGAGGCUUUUCACACCACCAGCACCUUGUUUAAUGUCAAUGUAUGUAUGUUGUACUAAAGCAUGUCCUAUGUAAAUGAGCCUUUGUGGGGGCCCUGAGGACGCUAAUAGGCCUUAUUGCACUGAGCAGGUGUCCGUGGCUCCGGCCUUGUCUCUCUGGGAUGGACAUUGAAACUAUGCUGUAGCCUUGUCUGUAGUCCUCUUCCUGGCCCUGUCUCCUGGAUGGACACUGGACUCGCCUGUUCUCCUGUCCUGUCUCUGCUCUUGACUCCUGCUGCUCCUGACUGGACUCCCCUGACUUGCCAUGCCUGGGGCUGUUGAUGGACUGUGUUACUAGCACCCAGCUCUGCCUGCUGUGUCUGCGUGCGGUGGGACUGCACCCUGGUCAGUGAGGGCACUGCCUGCGCUGGACUCACCCUCAGCUCCCGGCUCGUUACCUGUCGUGGAGCAGCCCUGCACUUCUUGUUCCCUGACAUCCUUUUGGUCCUACAUGUCUCUUUUUGUUAUUAUUUUACUUUAUUCUUUGUUUUUUGAGGCCUGGGGCCUCUGUCUAGGAAAACAUAGAUUAUAAAGGGACGUUGGGGUUCGACAGUCUUGUUGUGUGUUAAUAAGUGGGUUUUCAUUCUGUUUCUUUGUUUUUGCAAUGGUUAAGCAAGGUGUUUUGUUUUGUAAGGAUUAAUAAAUAAAAAGACAAUCACUUAA